UGGAACAAAUGGUUAUUGGAACAAAUAUUAUGGGCCUAAGGUGGCCAUCUUGCAGACAUUCGGCGUUUUUUCUCCUUAGACCACGAAUUGAGUUAUAUCAUAAUCUAUGCCCAAGACGCUAGUUGUGUCGCUUGUGACGCUCGUUAGUUUCUUUAAAAGUAGUCUGAUUUUAGGUGACAAAUUUUGAAAUUGUAAGUUAUUUUUUAAUUUGUUCUACAUCAUUAGUUUUAUAUUGAUUUUUAGAAACGAAUGUAUUGCCUGGUGCAAUGAGUGAAAAAGCAUUGCAAAGUAAGCCAAUGACCAUUGUUAGGACUAAAGAUUCGGAAGCUGAUAUUUACACGGUAAAGUAAAUCAUUUUACUCAUAAUUUCAGUUCUAACAAAACAAGAUUAAGUAGUUUAAACAAGCUUUAUAAUAUAUUAUAAAAUUAAUAGUUUAACCUUGUAAUAUUAGUUAAGUUUUUUUUAACCAUUCAAGAUAGUAAUUUUAUAAAUUUUAUUUUGAACAAAAUUUUGGUGUAACACGCAUGUUUACUAAUGAUUCAUUAAUUGUAUUAAUAUACUUAUUGAUGAGUAGACUUACAUGUAGGUAUUCUGUGUAUUAUUGGUCACAGGGAAGAAAGUGGUUGUUUAUUUGUAAAACACAUUAGCGCCACUUUAUCAAUUUGUGUUAUUUUUUUACUGUAUCUGGAUUUGUAAGUACAGAGUACAAAAGAUUUUGUAUGUAUGUAUUUUCAAAAUAUAAUUUGCUUGUAUUGAAAACUAUACAAAGUUGACUUAAGCUCUUCUUUUUUUGAGACCAAGUAUAUAAUAGUGAGUUAUGUGCUAUUUAACAAUCAUUUGUUAUUUGUAGUAAAACUUUGAACUAAAUAUUUUGAUUUUAAUAAUAUUAGUUAUGUACUUGAUUUUAGUUUAUUUAAUAGGUACCUGUUUAUAAAAAAUAUAUAAGUAGAUUAAAAUAAAACACUUUGUUUUUAUAGGCAGUAGCAAAAUAUGAAGAAAAACAAACAUUAAAUAGAGAAGAAAAUAAUGAUUCUAAUAUUUAUUUUAAUACUUUACAAAAAUGGAGAGAUAUAAUAGAAUGGAUUCAUGAGUUAAAAAACAAAGAUGAUCAACCAGUAAGUUGUAUUAAUUUUUAAUCAGAUCAUUUGUUGUGUUCUGUAUAGAUAUUUAUAAUUGUUUUAAUUUGUAUACCUUAUCUAUUAUUAUUUUUACAAUGAAUAUUUAACAUUAAAUUUUUAAUAUUUACUUACUCUAGAAAGAAAAAAUUGAACAAUUUCGAAAUGAUGCAAUACAUUUGUUUUUAAUAUUAAAAAAACUUAACAGACUUGAUAAAAUACGCUCAAGACAAAAAAAAGAACGAUCAAAUAAAAAGAAACUAGAAAUUGAUAGCAAACAUUUACAACAAGAGAAUCUGCUUAAUGAGUGGUUUUAUUUAAAAAAAGAAAUUUCUAAGUGCCUACAAUACAAGUAUGGUUUUGAGAAAAUGUAUAUUUGUUUUAAAUUAAUUAUAAUUAAUAAAAAAAUUGUUUUAGAUCUAGUGAUAGUGUUAUUGAUCUUGUCCCACUUGAUAUCUUUUGCCAAGAGUCACCUAUAUCAGAUGAGGAUAUUGUAUGCAUAUUAAAUAAUUAAUUAUUAUUAUAUAUAUAUUCAAGAUGAUUAUUUUAUUUUAGGAUAAACUUAAUAAUGGAUUGAUAAGCGACCAUGAUUUACAUAUUAGACGUCUUCAAUGGGAACUUGAACAAAGGCAAACUCAACAAAAACAAUGUGAUGAAGUAGAAAAAAGUAAAGAAACUAUACUUUCUGAGAUUCAGGAACAAAGUAGAAUUUUUCAAAGUAUAUUACCUAUGCUUAAAGAUAUACGCAAUGUAAGUUUACCUUUUUAUGUAUUACAUCAAUUUAAUAUUUAAUUAGCAAAAAUAUUUUGUAUAUGUCCAAAGUAUAUAUACGUAAGAAUCGUUUCAAUUUUUUCCCUCCUAAUCAUUACAAAAUUAUUCUUAAUUCUUAAUUUUUAAUACAUUUAAUUUAUUUUAUUUUAUACAUUUGAAUUAGAACAUAGAUAUAGUAUAUAUAUAAGUAGUUAUGAAAGUAAGGCAUUUAAUUUAAUUUAUGAAAUCAAUAUUUUCAAAAUAUGUUUGUGUUACACAUAAUUAUUUAUUUAUGUAUUAUAAAUUAUCAAGAGCAAUUCACUUGAGCAAUUUAUUUAGCCAUUCAAAAUUUAAUUUGUUUUAAAAAUUAUAAUCAAUUAUAUACCUAAUUUAUUUUCCUCUACAUAGUGCAGUAGUUUUCAAACUUAUGUUGAUAAUUUAUAGAAAAAAUUUCAAAAGACAGGUACAUCUACUGAAUCUUUGUGGAAUCCAGUUUGAAACCACUGGUAUAGUGUAAAGUUUAUAAAGUAAAUAAAUAUACAAACAAAAAAUAUAUGUAUAAAAAUAAAGUCAAUAAAUGAAUCAAUGUGUCGCCUGGAGUAUUAUAAUAAGUGUAUUAUACGACUGGUUUCAAAUUAAAAAUUCAUCAUCAAGUAUAUUGCAGUCAAAAUGUAAAACGCAACUGAAUAUAAAAAAAAUUAAAUGAAGGAAUACAUAGAAAAAAAAAAAUUAUGCAAAUUGGUUGUUUUACAUAAAAUAUAAAAAUAGUUAAUUUUAAUAGGAGAGAUCAUUUAAAAUUAGUUAUUAUUAGACAUAAAUAUGUUAAGAAAUAUAAAUUAUUUGGUUAUUAUUUAUUAUCUACAAUGUAUUGAUAUAAUAUAUAUUUUUAAAAUCAAUUUAAAUAUUUAAAAUAUUAUAAUUAUUUUUCUUAUUUCAUUGUGAAAGUGCAAUUCUUCUAAAACUUAACUAAUGUAUAAUUUUGUUUUUACUCUAUUAUUUUUUUAUUGUGAAGUUUAUGUUGUUAAAUAAUUUAUUAAAGAAAUACAAAUUUGUACUUCCAUUAACAAUUUUAUAUCAAACAUAUUACUUUAUAUUUUUGUUUGGUAUUGUUAUAUAGUAUGAUAAUAUCGUAAGAUUGUUUUAUUGUAUAAGAUAACUAGAGAUGUUACAAACACUGAUUUUUAAAGUCGAACCAAACCAUACCAAACUUUUAAAAUAUUUUAUCGAAUUCAAACAUUAAGUAAAAAGGUUAGUUUAAAUUUUAUGACCUUUACUAAUUACUAAUUUACUAUUAUGAGACCAACUAAUGUGAAAAAUAUAAUUUUUCUUUUCUUAACAAGUCUGCUCUGUCCCAUCACAGAACAUUGUAUUAGUGACCAUUAACAUCAAAUGAUUUUCGAACUGAACUAAUGGGUAUUUGGUUAAGUUUGAUUUUCGAGUCAAACUGAAGACCCCAAAUUCGGCUCAGUUCAGUCACAAUUUGUCACAUCUCUAGUAAUAACAUAAAUUGAACUGUUUGCUAAAACCAAAUUAAAUUUAUUUUUAGGCUGCUCAACCUUUACAACAGAGUUUUGGAUCAGCUCCUUGUCAACCAAGAUCAUAUCCAGAUAUUGUGCAUUUAUUGCCUAAGCCCUUAUACUAUUUAUACAUACAAACAGAUGCAUAUAAAGAAGCUUGUAGUAAGUUUUUUUCUAAAAUAACAAUUUCUGAAGAGGAAAAGUUGAUGACAAAAUAAUAAUAUGUUACUACUGUGUAGGAUUCCUCAUGCGUAAGAAAACUAUCUUUUAAAGUUUCUCAGCUUAUUGAUUUUUGGUUAUACUUUAUACAAGGGCUAAUCAAAAAGUAUCGAGACUGAUAAUAUUACUCGGCAACCGAGUGUUGAAGAGCAAAACGAUUUGUAAACCUAGCUUCUAUGACAUACUGAGCACAUCUAUUCGUAUAAAAUCUCUAUAAACUUCUUCGUUUUGAUUUGACGAUAUUUUUCUAAAAUUUGUUUUUCACGUUUGGCGAUUUCGUAAUGAAUCCAAAAGAAGCAGAACUCGCUGCCACUCGAGGGCACAACUGGAAAAAAAUGCAGACAGAUUUUCUAAAAUCUCCAAAUCUGUCUGCAUCCCUCUGAAACUGGAAAAAAAUGCAGACAGAUUUUCUAAAAUCUCCAAAUCUGUCAAGUUACUCUAAACUGGAAAAAAAUGCAGACAGAUUUUCUAAAAUCNCUCAGAAAAAGUCAUAGAAGCAAGUGAUACCAAUCCUACUGCUCUUCAAUGAUCCUUUUCCGAAUGAUACUACUAGUCUUGAUACUUUUUGAUUAGCCCUCGUAUUUUUAAAAUAUCAGCACCUUUAUUUAGUUCCAAACAUAUCUAAAAGUUAAUAAUUCAAUUAAUUAUUUGAAUACUGAACCGGCCAGGAGCAUAAAAUAUUAAUAUGCGCCCGGUCACCAACAUGUUAGGUCAACACCACAAAUCACCAAUCGCUUGUAUAUUUGUUGUGUAUGUAUCAGGUGGUCCAUUUAAAUUGGUACACUCAUUAUCUUGGAAAGUAUUAACUUUUUCCGAAAUUAGUUUUCUAGAACAUUUAAAAAAUGAGCUGCUCUAAAAUUUUAUAUUUAUUUGUUAUUUUUGAGGGUAAAACCACUACCUACUUUUGAUUUUCAAAUGGCAAUCUAUAUUAAAAAGUCCAUCAAAAAUGUAUUUUAAUUAAUACUCCAUAUAUUUAUGGAAUUUUUAAUAUAGGUUGCCGUUUAAAAAUCAAAAGUAGGUAGUGGUUUUACCCCCAAAUACCCCAUAAAUAUACAAUUUUAGAGCAGCUCAUUUUUUAAAUGUUCUAGAAAACUAAUUUCGGAAAAAGUUAAUACUUUCCGAGAUAAUGAGCGUACCCUCUUAAAUGGUUCACCUAGUAUGAAUAUAGUAACUCAAAAGAAGUGGAAGGGGUCACCUUUAAGUAUUAUUGUGCAGUGUGUGUGUGUGCUUAAAACUAGGGACAAAAAGGGUAAACAAUAACUUGUAUUACUGGUACGAAUAAAUUAAUCAACAAAAACAAAAAAGUAUAUAUAUAAAAAAAAAAAUCCUAGUAUAGUGGGGAUGGAUGCAGCCAUUGUUAUAGAUAAUUUAAUAUUUUACCUGUAAGCAACGAUAAACAAUUUCUUAUGAAAAAACGAUUCUGAGUGGAGUUUAGUUUAUUAUGAUACUUUGUCAAUAAUAUAUAUGUCAUUUUAUAGUAAAAUAAUUAAAUAGACUAUAUAUUUUCUUUAAUAAUAUUUGUUCAAUGUAGUACCAAUAUUCCUAGAUUUUUCCCAUGUUUUUCACAUUUGCUGGAAAAAUUCCUGAGAAAUUGAAAAAUUACUUUUUUAAAGUACCUCCCUAGUGAAAUUUCCUUUUAGAAAAAUGUGUUACACUUGAAAAUCUGAGCAAGUCUUCGGUAGAAAACCUGCGCACAGAUCAAAAGAAAAAAAAGGUCUUUGUAAAAUCAUAAGCUUCUUUGUUCCACUCAGAAUCUAAAAUCACAGCAAGACAAUAAAAUUGUUAAUGGUGAGUUAUAAAUAAUAGGGUAACAACUAAUAAAUAUAUAUAUAAUUCAAUGAAACAUUGUAAUUAUUAUUAACUAGUUAAUUGUGGUACACAUACCAAAUAAAUAUUAUGGUCUUUUUGGCCCAAUAGAUAAAUAUGUAAUACAAUUAAAUACAAUAGGUAUAUUAUUAUGAUCAAGUGGACUUUGUAAAUGCCUGUACCUACUUGAAUAAAAUAGAAAUGACUUAUAAUCAAUUAAAAGAAACCAAUUUGGUUUACUAAUAUCAUCACCAGAGUUAAUAAUUCAUAACCUUGCGCUAGUGCAACUGUCACUGAUUUGAAGCUGUUGCUUCACAAUUUAAUUUUUUAUAAAUAAUAUCUGUUAUUAUAAUAAUUCACCCACAAUGCAUAAAAAUAAUAAAUAACAAAUAAUAUAUUUAUAGUUUACAGUGCAGGUUGGCCAGUCACUUAUCUAACCUAAACUAUAAUAUUGAAAAAAAAUUCACAAAGGUAACAAAUAAUAAUAGUAGGUAAUAACAGUUGAAUACUAUUCAAUACUAAAAGAAUGUAUUCAUUAAUAUACAUACAUAGAUAAUAUGAACUUAUAUCAAUAUGUAUGUUUAUACACCAGUAUAAAUUAAGUAAAACAAUUAGUCUUACUAAUAACUGUAAUUAUUUUAACAUAUUUUAGAAUCAAAAUUUACUGUUUCAACUAAUGGCGAUGAAGAAGAAGCAAAACGUUUUGAUUUUAAUAAGAAUAAUGUUGAUGACACUAAUUCUGAUGAGGUAAAUAAUAUAAAUAAUAUAUUAUUUUAUACAUUAACAUUUUUAAAAUAUAUGAAUUAGUUAUUUAAUCAAGAUAUCUUAGUAUUAUAUCUGUAGGCAUUUAAAUUGUAAACCUUUCAAAAUAGUCUAUAUUUCAUAUCUAAUUAAAUCAUUUUUAAAUGUUGUAUUAUAUAAUUUCUUUAUAGUAUGUUUAAAAUUUUGGAAGUCUUUUUUUUUUUUUUUGUAUAGGUAAUUAUACAAAAUAAAAUAUGUAUAUAUUUUAUUUAUUGAGCAUAUGAUCUGUAAUCACAUGCAAUGGAUUAAUAAUAAUAUGGUAGUGACACACGAUAAAUUAAUAUAGAACAAAAUAAAAGUAAAAAUAAAAUCUAUAGUAAUAUGAAUAACAAUGAAUAAUAUUGCUAUUCAGGCAGAAAAUUGGUAUAUUUCGCAUUAGAGUUUCUUUUCAUUGCUCUUGCCAUUGAAUGAAUUUGGGAGGAGUUUUAAGACAAUUUCUUCUAGAUCCCCGAUGGGAGCAUUGAGCAUUUAAAAGUGAUGUGACUAAUGAUGAACUGCUCUGCUGUUACAUUAUUGCAAAUUCUCUAUGCCCCUUGUGUAAGGGUUCUACACCUAUACCCCGAGAAAUACGGACUUUAUUAAGUGUCCUGGUGAUAUCUUGCACAUGAGGAUGUCGCUCUUUACCAUGGCUGCCCAUAUUUGUUUCAUGAUUGUGUUUGUUAAAUCCAUAGUUGUGUUUUUAUUAAAGGAUUUCUAUAUUUUAGUUAUCUUUUAACUGCAUCGCAUCGUCAUUAAAAUUAUUGUUGGGCAGUUCUUGGUUUAGGCUUAUUAUUUUUAUAUAAUUUUACUGAUGACAAUACCAUUGUUUCAACUAUGGUAUACUGUGUAAUUUAUAAAACUUGUCUAUUAUUAAAUAUUUGUUUUUUCUUAAUAAAAGUUGCGUAUUGAUGCACAAUUCCAGAGUAAAAGUUCAGGAAGUGGGAGCAGAUAAUAUCAGAUUUCAGAAAUUAUAAAUAAAUUUAAAAAAAACCUAAAUAAAUUCCUAAGUAUUUACAUAUAUUCUAGUAUUUUUUUUAGCUGGAUUUGUUUUAAAUAUUUGAAUAAUUGUUAAUUAUUAAAUACUAAGUUCAUUAAUAAAUACUCUUUUAUCAUUAAAUACACGGUUUAAUAAACAAGUUUCAAAAUUGUGAGCCCUAGAUUCAACCAUGGGAAGGUUUAUUCUUUAUGGUUUAAAUUUUUACUGGACUAGUAUUAAUUAAGUUUUUAAUGGUUGAUUUUUAUUUUUAUUUACGGUUGUUUAUUAUUAUUAUUAUUUGUUUUAUUUAUAUUUGAUUUCUUAAACAUUUUCUUUAAUUUAAAUAAUUAAUACAUUUUUUGGUUUUACAGGAAAUAGAUAUGCCUAAACAAAAGAAACGACACCAUAAAAAAUCACGGAUUGAUACUAAGUCUGCACCUCAGAAAAAUUUACUAUCUAAACAUCCCUUGUCUGUUAAGUUAACAUUAAAUUUAAAAAAUAAUACUCAGUUUAUUAUGGAAUUUUUUUAUUUGGUCAAUUUAAACUUAAUUACUGUUACUGUCACUUCAUCUUGGGAAGGAUUUUCUUCGUCCUACUCUAGAGAAUUACUUUCACCAAGUUCUAUACUUGAUGCAUUAUUCCCUGGUGACAAUGGCACAGAAAGUCCGCAUAUUGUUAAUUUUCAUCAGCUAGAAGAAGUUAGUAUCUAUUGUCAAGUAACCUUUCAUAACAUUGAAGAUUUAAUUAUUAUAUAAUGUUACAGGAGAAAACUGAGUUCAACACUUUGGAUGUUGGUAAGCCUUAUAUUUGGGCUCAGAGCAUAUGCGGUUUGGAUUUUUUAAUUCCCAAUAGUGUAUCUGACUUUUUAAUUUCAAGAAAUCAUAUUGCUCAAGUACUUAAAGCAAUAAAUAAUCGCCUUAAAACUCGAUUAUCUUUAAUUACUCAACUAGACUGUAGUGGUAAGAAGUUAUUGAUUCUUAUUAAAGAAUCAAGUUAAUAUUUUUAAUAUUUUGUAAAAUAUUUUUGUAUUAUUGCAGACUUGGAGCGAAGGUUUUGUGUAAAUGGAGUUAAUUUAACUUCAGUGUUAUCUCCAUGGAAUACAAUGUCCUGGGAUAAUUUUAAAAAUCUUGAAUAUUGUAUACCACAUAUUGAAUUUGGAACAGUGACAGAAAAUGAUUUAUUAUUCAAACGCGUAAUAAAUUAUAAAACAGGUAUAGAAUAAUGAAUAAUUUACAGGUUGAUAUAAGAUACUGAAAUUAUGUUUAUUGUACAAUUUGAUUCGACAGCAACAUUGAUUGUUGUUAUGGCAAUUAAAUGUGACUACCCAGUGAGUAAUCCUAUUUUUGCACUUCAGUUAAACAUGCCAACUACAAAUGAAGGGAUAUCUGUUUUAAAUUCUACAAAUAAUAACUCUGUUAGAGUAUGUACAGUUAAUAAAUAAUUAUUCAUUAUUAUAUUAUAAUUAAAUUAAAUGCAUCACUACAGGAAUUGGAGAGAGAAAUCAAUGUUUUUCAUAAACAAAUUGAAAAUGAAGACAUAAACGAACUGCUGAUCAACUUAAUUGGUCGUCUCGUUAUAUGUUUUGAAGUAAUGAUGGAGACUUGGGGACAUUCAGAUUUUCCUAAAACUAAAACUAUUUUAUACAAUAUAAGGUAAUAAUUAUAUAGACCUAUUUUUUCAUGUUAACAAUAAUAAAUAAUAUUUAGUAAGUAAUAAUAUUAAGUAAUAUUUUUUUAAAUAUUCAAAUUGUUAAACUAUACAAGUUCAAAAGCAAAAUCUUUUAAAAUUAAAGAAAUUAUGCAAACAAAUCAAAGUGAUUUUUGGUUAAUGUAACAGUGUAAAAAAUAUGUAUUUUUCUUGGAUACAGUUAUAUUAGAUAUUAUAGAUUUAGAUUAAAAGAAAGAGUUGUUCAGGCAAUCACCAAGCUAUUCAUUUUUAAAUUUUUCGUUUAAACCAAUAAAUUAUGUAUACUUGUUUAGUUUACUAGGUUUAGGAUUAAAUCAAAACAAAUAUUUAUACAUAUUUGUUAUUUUUUUUAAAUUAUUAGAGUUUUAACAUAAACGAUGCAACUUUGUAUCCUUUGACAGUAAUAAAUUUUAAUUAAAUAAUCUACCAAUGUAUUGAUUUCAUAUCAAUUAACAUAAAAUCUAGAUUAUACAGUGUACAAAAUUUUAUGUUAUAUCAAUUUUCUCCUAUAAAUAUGAAAAAUAAAGAAUAAUAUAUAACAAAACAUUUUUGGUAAAUAAAAUUAUAUGUGGGUUUGAAAUUUUUAGACACCCUUUUGAGGGAGAUUUUUGAGGUCAACUUUUGAAAUUCAAAUGGAAAUCUAUAUUCAAAAUUCCAUUGAUAGAUGGAGUAUUUGUACAAAAAAAUAUUGGUUUUGAAGUUUUUGAUUUAUUGAUGAACUUUUUAGUUUAGACAGGAGAGUAGUAGAACACUAUUCUGUCAAAUACUUGCCGUGCCACCACAUAAAUACAUAGUGUUUCACUACUCUCCCUGUUUAAACUAAAAAAUUGAAUAUUUCAUCAAUGAUUUGGUUAGGUUGUGGUUAUAGUUUUUGACAUUUUCGUUGUCGAGUUCAGAGAAUCUGUUUGAGGAUGUGAAUAUGGGCUUGUUUUUAUUUACUUUCUUUCAGUUAUUGAAUUAGUUUAUGCAAAUCAGUGGUUCUCAAACUGAGUACCACAUUCCUCUAGGGGCACCGUGAGUACUUUCAAUUGGCACUGUGACUCAUAAAAAAUUAUUUAUAAUUUAUUGUAAUUUUUAUAAAUUUCAAAAUGAAUCUUAUGAAAAUAUGUAUUCAGUCAGCUGUAUGCUAAAAUAUUUAUAUUGUAUUAUUUUUAAAAACUAAUUACUUAUUAUUAAUGACAAUUAAUGUUGAUCUUUUAUGUAUAUUCCUCGUGGUAUUCAAGGAAGGGCACUGUGACCAAAUUGACUCCAAAUAAAGGCACCACCGAUAAAAAAGUUCCUUAACUGGAACUGCUGAUGUAAAUGAAAAGUUUCUUUUCGUUUUGGUUUUGAUUGGUUGGAAAUAUCGGAGUCAUUUGCAUGUGAGUUUGUGAAAACAUCAUUUAAUGUACUCUGUACAUGAGUUUUUAUUGAAUUCGUUUUGUUCUUAUUGUUUGUAUUUGUUUCUCCAGGAACUGAGUUAAUAAAUUUUGGCUUAUAUGUGACAAAUUAAUUAUAAUCGCCAGUUUUUUGGAAUUUUUGGAUUGAGUUUUUUUGAAACCCAUUUGAGACUUUAGUAUAUUUGUUAAAUUUGAAUAUUGAAUUAAAUGAAUAGAAAAUAAUGACGUAAUAAUGUGGGACAAGACAUGCGUAUCAGAUGACAUACUGUGCGCAUUCUUUCCCUUAAGUUGAUUUCUUUCACUUUCUAUCUUUCACCUAUGAGGUACUUCCCAUUGAUCUAGAUUCUAAAGGUUUUAGGAUUUUAAAUUUGACAUAAAGAAAUAUCUCAUAGUGCAAAGAAAGAAAAAAAUACAUGUGUUUAUAAAAUCAAAAGAUAUAUUUUAACAUUUAAAUAUGAAAGUUCAAAAUAUAUAUCUAUAAUAUGUUCAAUUUAUUAACAAAUUAAUCUAAUUGUUUUUUUCAUUUUAUUAUUUAUUAAAAUAUGUAUAAUAAAAAAAUUAAUUAAAAAAAUCUUUGUGGUAAUAAUUGAAAAAUAAUACAAGUGUAAAGGUUAAUAUGUUAAAAUAUUGAAUGUUUUAAGUUUUAUUUUAUACCAUUUUGCUCAAUUAAUGAAAUUAAAAAUGAAGGAAAAAAAUGUUAUUUUAAGAUUUGUUUGAUUUUUUACAGAGGUCGAACCAGAAGCCACCCAUUUAAAGUUGUGAAACAUCAUUCGGGAAUUAUUUUUGAACAUCGUUAAUUUUUGUAUACUUAUCUGUAAUUAAUUUAUUAUUUAAAAACUUGAUUUGUUUACAUAAAUUAUUUGGUGUCUAUUAAUUCUUUAUUUUAUUUUAAUUUUUGUAUACAUUUUUCUUAAUGGUUAUUUGCCAUUCAAUUUAUUUUUAAUACUUCAGCUAAAACUAUGGGAUACAAUAUUUUUUAAAGUU